GCGCCGCCCAGCCAGUGUUGCCCCGAAAGCCAGCGUGCGUGGACCGUCUUUCCGUCACUCCCUCGUCGCUUCACUCACCCGCAACCAUGAGCUGGCCAUCUGCCUACGGCUACAAGUACACCCCUAUUGGCCUCCGCCAGAGGGAAAAGAAGGAUGACUCCUCAGGAACCCGCUCCAUCUGCACCACCGUCCACCUUCCCCAGGGCGGACACCUCCUCGACAUUGAGAGGCAGUAUGGCAUGGACGGCUCCAUGUCGAAGAGGGAGACUCAGAACAUGGAUCCCUCUGCCUUCUCCCCGAGCCCCAUGAGCCGCCCCGCCCCAGCCCCCGCCAUCGAGCCCGCUUCCUCCUCCCCCUUCCUUGACUUCGAGCCUCGCGCCCCCACUGACUUCGAGCGACAGGCUGAUGACAUCAUUGCCAACUUCCGUGCCAGGCAGGGGCUUCCCCUUGAGGCACACUCCUCAGCGCUCGCUACGGCGGGAGAGUCAAAGAUCUCGUCCCUCCUUUCAUCUAGUGCCACGGCAUCCUCGACGGUCAAGGAGGAAACCAAAAUGUCAGCCACCUCGCGGGUAAGAAGGGCUAUCAGGAAGGCGGAAGAGGAAUCCUUCUACUAAACGGUCCACGUAAAAUCUCCCGAACACCUGCACAUCUCUCGACUCAUCCACCACGGCAUCCCUCUGAACUAGUCGAAGACACACUGGAUUUUAGGUCAACCACCUGACCACCACCUAGCUGGCCGGAGAGGUGAACACACACCCGGCGACCCCUCCAGCUCGUCGCCGCGGGCCGCCCACCACCUCGACACUACACAAGCCCGCCGCUCUUUAUAGCCGUGACGCAGCCGGGGCCUCCUCCCAGCCUCUCCGCGAGGGAGGAGACGUGUUGGCUUUUCUCCCAGUUUUUGUACAAAAUAUGGGACAGAAGCAUAUCACCGCUGAAUGCUUGACCCUGCAUGCCUUUUGACUCCGUCACAUGUAAAGAGAAUUAUUACUAUCAUCGAAACAAAAAAUCACGAGCAAAGGAGCAAUCCAGCUCGGUAUUAUAUAGUUAAUAAUCAUUUUUUUUAGAGUUAUCUUUUGUCAUUAUUCAUUUUACUACCGAAGUCACACUUGGCCGUAUCCAUUAUCCUUCCUUAUGAUUUUUUUAAUCUGGUUUAUAAAAUAUUAGCUACAUUUCGCUCAGACACUUGCAGUAAAACAAAUUAUGUAAUCAGACAACAUUAUUACAAAUACAGAUAUACGCUAAAAAAUGGCAACUGUUUCAGUGACUCCUCCUAAACUCUGCUUCCGACACGUGGCCCACCAGGCCUUACGUCGACUGUUUAGAAGGGAUUCAGUUCUGUUCUUUCACGCAGAAUAAACAUUACGUAAAGCUAAGAUAA